AUGGGUAAGAGUAGUAAAGAUAAGAGAGAUUUAUAUUACAGAAAGGCCAAAGAAGAAGGUUACAGAGCUAGGUCCGCAUACAAAUUAUUACAAUUGAAUGAGGAAUUCCAUUUCUUAGACAGUGAGCAUAAUUUAACGAAGGUGGUAGACUUAUGUGCUGCACCUGGAUCAUGGUCACAAGUUCUAUCAAGAAAGAUGUUUACUGAAUCCAAAGAAAUUGAUAAUAAAGAUAAAAAAUUAAUUGCAGUGGAUUUGCAGCCGAUGUCUCCAAUCGAUAACGUUAUUACAUUACAAGCUGAUAUUACACAUCCAAAGACUUUGGCUAGAAUUCUAGAGAUUUUUGGUAAUGAGAAAGCUGAUUUUGUUUGUAGUGAUGGUGCUCCCGAUGUUACAGGUCUGCAUGAUUUAGAUGAAUAUGUGCAACAACAACUGAUUAUGAGUGCAUUACAAUUAACUACAUGUAUAUUGAAACCUAAUGGUACUUUUGUAGCCAAGAUUUUUAGAGGUAGAGAUAUUGAUAUGUUAUAUUCACAAUUGGGAUAUUUGUUUGAUAGAGUCGUAUGUGCUAAACCAAGAUCUUCAAGGGGUACAUCCUUAGAGGCCUUCAUUGUAUGUUUAGGUUAUAAUCCACCAUCAAAUUGGGAACCAAAAUUAGAUAUAAACAAAUCCAUCGAAGAGUUUUUCAGUGGUUGUACAAUGAGUCAAUUAUCAUUAUCAGAUGAUAACGAAGAAAAACUACCUCAAUGGAAGGAUGGUCAAAGAGAUAUUGCCGAGUUUAUGUCCUGUGGAGGACUUCAAAGUUUCGAUUCAGAUGCCACAUAUCAUUAUGAUGAUGAAAUACUAUCUAAUUUAAAGGAUAAAUUAUCAUUGGAUCCUGUACAGAGUCCAACAAAUCCUCCUUACAAGAAAGCGCUGGAAUUAAAGAGAAGCGGGAAACUGACAAGAGCAGUAUAA